CACGCUUCAGCUCGAGAUCCAGACGUGUUCGGGCUUCUCUGUGAGCGCUGGUGCCUCUGCUUUCACUGUGUGUCUGACAUCACCGGGGAAUGAAGCGCGCGGGAGUCAAGAGGAGACACAUGACCGAGCUCCGGGGCUAAACGGGACUCGAGCAGCAGCGGGGUCUGAUCGUGGGGAUGGACCGGCGGCGGAGAGCCUCGCUCGCGCUCACCCUGAACCUCCUCGCGCUGAUCCUCGCCAUCUCCGCGCUGACCACCAGCUACUGGUGCGAGGGAGACCGGAAAGUUGUCAAGCCCUUCUGCACCGGACCGGUGACCGUCAAACAGACGCACUGCAUCCGAUACAACAGCUCGAACAUGAACGACAGCCGGCUGGUGCAGUACAUCUGGGAGACCGGAGAGGAUAAGUUUGUCCUGAGGAAGUUCCACACCGGCAUCUGGUUCUCCUGCGAGCAGAACGUCGACCUUGUCGGUGAGAAAUGCAGAAGCUUCAUAAACGUGGCUCCUCCUCACGAGAGAGGUGUUCUGUGGCUCUGCAUCGUGGCCGAGUGUCUCUACAUCUUACUGCUGGCCACCGGAGGAAUCCUCAUGUCCAUCGAGGUUUGCCAUUUUGGAAACGUCAUCGAUGGACUGAAACUGAAUGCCUUUGCUGCCAUAUUCACAGUCCUGUCAGGUCUUCUGGGUAUGGUAGCACACAUGAUGUUCACUACAGCGUUCCAGCUGACCGUCAGUCUGGGUCCGGAGGACUGGAAGCCACAGAACUGGGACUACAGCUGGUCUUAUAUCUUGGCCUGGAGCUCGUUCACCGCCUGCAUGGCCUCCUCGGUCACCACCAUCAACAGAUACACCAAGACUAUACUGGAGUUCAAACACAAGCGAAGGAACAUUGAGAAGAACCUGAAGAUCAAGCAGAAGCUGCUGGACCUGGACUCUCCAGACCAGGUAUGGGAUAUGUACAUCAGCUCCGUCCCCAGCACGACCGAGGAGUUUCUGGACUUGUCCAGUUCUGGACGCAAGCUCUCCGCCAAUUCAGUCUUCCUGGACCUCAACGACCUGCCGUCUCCACAAGGAGAGGAGUACUGCUGAAGCCAGUCGUCAUCUACGUCUCGCUCUUCUAGUGUCAUUAACAGAUGUGGAAACUUUGAUUGGAGGUGAUACGUUGAGAUUAUAUAACUGUUGCAUAAAUGUUUGGU